UAAAAUCAUUAAUGAUUUUACAGUAGCAAAAUGUUUUAACCAGUAAAUUUGUCUGCCAUCAUCAUGGUUUACGCUGACUCUGAAGAAAAAAAAUUGCUCAGAGACUCCAGUCAUUCAUUAAAGGAGAACAUUUUUAAUACCAGGAGCUGCCUUCUAUACCCUUGAAGCAUCUGGGUAGAGCACAUGAAGGCAGCUGGCUCCCGCGCCCUCCCUCCAGCUCACGUCUGCUCUCCUCCUCUCGCCCCUCAGCGCCGAUGCUCUGCUGCAGCCAUGUUCAGCAAAAAGAAGAAGCAGCGCGUCCAGAUCUCGGCCCCCUCCAACUUUGAGCACCGCGUGCACACCGACUUUGAUGAGCAGGAGCAGAAGUUUGUGGGGCUCCCUCGCCAAUGGCAGAGUCUCAUCGAGGACACGGCGAAGAGGCCCAAGCCCUUCAUCGACGCCACAGUCAUCACCACCGUGGAGCCACGCAAGACCAUCGUGAGGGGCAGCAAGCUAGGGGUGGAUGGCUCCCUGACGUGGCUGCUGGAUGAGUUUGAAACCAUGUCGGUAAUCCGCUCCAACUCCCUGCGGCGGGGCAGCCCACCCACCCAGCCUCGCAGUGAUUCCGGCUCCUCGGGCUCCUCCGGCAUGCAGGAGAAUGGAGAGUAUCCUCAUCGGUACCAGUUCGAUCGCACUGACCGCAUUGGCGAUGGCAAGGACAGGUACAGAGAUAGAGAGAGAGCCCGUAUAGAACACCAAGGUCCGGACCCCCGGCAGUCUCAGCGACCAGCUCGGGGCCCCCGGGAAGAUGGGCGGCCCCAGCAGCCUCGCGGUCAGGAGCCCAGUCGGCACCGGGACCGCGAGCGUCCGGCCGUGCCACCUGCGCCACCUCCACGCGAGCGUGACAGACAACGUGACCGAGAGCCGCACGAGUACCACGAACAAGUGGUCAGGAGGGAAGAGGCCAGUGACAGACGGCCCAAAUCCAGCUACACAAGUCAGGAUGGGAGCCCGCAGUCCCCACGGGACAAGAGACCCCUGUCUGGACCAAACAUUCGCACCCCUAACCUGCCUGUUACAGACGGAGUAAUGAAGACUGCACAGCAAAGCCGGCCGUUCAACACGUACCCCCGCACGGAAAGCGACACAGCAAGAAGCCCCAGCAGUCAGGACUUGAAGGCAGGCAGAACUCAUGAGUCUUCCCACCGCAAUGGCCCCUCCAGCGGGGUGAGCCACUGUGGCAGCGGUGGGGGUAAGGCUGCCUCUCGAGGGGAGCCCCAGCAACAUCAUGCUUCCCACCCAGCUCUGGGUCCAGAGCCCCCUGCCAGCCAGCAGCUUCCUCCUGCUCCCAGACCCUCUGGCCCUCCCCAGCAGGGCCGCUCCCCACAGAGGGAGCCCCAGCGCGUUUCCCACGAGCAGUUUCGUGCCGCUCUUCAGAUGGUUGUUGACCCUGGGGACCCACGCACCUACUUGGACCACUACAUAAAAAUCGGCGAGGGCUCCACCGGUAUUGUGUGUAUCGCGACAGUUAAGAGCACAGGCAAGCUGGUGGCUGUGAAGAAGAUGGAUCUUCGGAAGCAACAGCGGCGAGAACUACUCUUCAAUGAGGUGGUUAUCAUGCGAGACUAUCACCAUGACAACGUUGUGGAGAUGUACAACAGUUACUUGGUGGGCGAUGAACUCUGGGUUGUCAUGGAGUUCCUUGAAGGUGGUGCACUAACUGACAUUGUCACACACACCAGGAUGAAUGAAGAGCAGAUAGCCACUGUGUGUCUGUCUGUUCUGAAGGCUCUGUCAGUGCUACAUGCCCAGGGAGUUAUUCACAGAGACAUCAAGAGUGAUUCCAUUCUGCUAACUCAUGACGGCAGAGUGAAGCUGUCUGAUUUUGGCUUCUGUGCACAAGUCUCCAAAGAGGUUCAGCGGAGGAAGUCGCUGGUAGGAACGCCAUACUGGAUGGCACCUGAGCUUAUAUCAAGGCUGCCAUAUGGACCAGAGGUGGAUAUUUGGUCUCUUGGUAUUAUGGUGAUUGAAAUGGUUGAUGGAGAACCUCCAUAUUUCAAUGAACCUCCACUCAAGGCAAUGAAGAUGAUUCGCGACAACCUGCCACCCAAGCUGAAGAACCUCCAUAAGGUUUCGCCACUGCUCAAGGGCUUUUUGGACAGGAUGCUUGUUCGAGACCCUGCCCAGCGGGCCACAGCUCAGGAACUGCUUAAACACCCCUUCCUCAGCAAAUCGGGCCCUCCCUCCUGUAUUGUGCCCCUCAUGCGGCAGAACCGCAUGAGAUGAGGGCACGGCGCAUCCGUUCCAGCAGGAGCUGGAACUAAAAGACUCAGCUGAGCUCAAAGCAAUGACCGUUUUAAGGUCAGAGACCUGCAGAGAGGUGCUGAUCCACACAUGCAGCUCAACUUUGCGGUCAAGUAUUUGAGGAAAAACUGUAGGUACUGUACACACUGUGCUUGACGAGAGUUGAUCGCUGUAGAAAUGGGGUGGGGGUGGGGGGGAGAAACCCUAAAAAAAAAAAUCACUGAAAAAAUGGCAAAACCUCUAUCAUUUUACAAGAGUUUUGGCCCAAUGCCCUUCAUUCCCUCCUUUUUCUUCCCUUAAGGGAGUCUUUUGGAUUGGAUUGUUUUUGGGAACAUCAUCUCUCAUUGGCUGUAAGCCUCAUGCGUCUGGCUGAAGUGAAGAGUCGGUGACUGAGUCAUUUACUGUGUGAAGCUUCCACUGCUCCAGUGGAAAGCACAGUCCUUCUGUAUACUCAACCACUUUCCUACUUCAAAUCAAUUUAAAGAGCAAAAUAACUACUGACAAAUCUAUAUUUUUACUUUAUCAAAAGGAAAAAACACUAGACUUCUGUAACACUAGGCUAGGUAAACACUGGAAGUGUGCUUUUUACUUCAUAGCAUUUCUAGUUUUAUAGAAGUUUGAUAAAACGGAUAUGUGGUUUAUAUCAAUUUUCUUUUCUAUAUCUCAUUACAGUGGGAAAAUUUCCAGCACUGUUAUGAUAUUGCAGCUGCACUCCUGUUACUUUUUAUUUCAGUAUACACAAAUUCCUUUGACAAAUUCUGAAAUUAGCCUUCCGAUUUUUUUUUUUUUUUUGGGCGGGGUGGUGGUGGGGUGUGUGUGUGUGUGUGUGUGUGUGUGUGUGUGUGUGUGUGUAUGUAUUUAAACUUGAUUUUAAAGUCUUUUUUAGAAAAAAAAAUCAUACCACUGUGCCUUCACGGCUCCGACUGUUACAGAGGUCUUUCCGUUGUAAGACCAUGUGCCUUGGGAGGUUAUCCCAAGGUUCUCCUAUUGCCAUGUAGUUUGUGUAGCCUGAAGUACCGUGUCCUUUCCUUGCAAAACCUCUAGGACAUGACCUGUAAGAUGGAAAGGGAACUGCAGUACAUGAAUGUAAAGCUUAGCCUUGAAGGCCCACAGCUCUGUAGGCAUUAGAGUUUUCUCUUCCUAAGAUUUGAUCUCGGAUGUGUUGAAUCGAGCACAAUCGUGCUUUGGUCAUUCAGAGCUUUAACACCCCUGGCGUAGUGACAUGUGAAACAGGGGAUAAGUAUUGAAGGAAGUGGACCUGUGCAGUUGAGUUCUCCUAUCCGGCAACUACAACCACGUUUGCUGUGUAGACUGGUGUUUGAAAACUAACAUGAAGCACUCUUCCAUUAAAGUAGCUGCAUGAACAUGUAAGCACAAAUUUGGUAGGAUCUCCCAGCAGGGCUUUCUGCAGAGCCGCCAGUGCCUUGGUCUCUAAUCCUAGGUUCUUUAGUAGAGUAGUAUGUUGGCUUGCACCUAGAGAGCAACCAAAGAUGUCAUUUGGAGAGUGAUCCAGGGGUUGGCUACAAGUAAGCUGGUGAUUAUCAGCCCAAACAUUUCCAAAUUGCACACUACAUUAGUACAUUAUACUCUGCCUAGCAUUUUGGCAUGAUGCUGUGUAUUUGUCUGUUCCAUCAUUCAAGUUUAGGCCUUAAGUGGAUUGAAUUUUGAUUAAUUCUUGUUAAUCUAUUAGGUGUUUUGGAUUUGUUUGUCUACGCUACUGUGUGAAAAAUUGAAAUGAACUAAAAAAAAAAAGGAGUAACUGCACAGUAUCAGAAUUUUAGUCUCACCACUAGUUUGACAUUUUAAUAGUUAUUUGAAAGUCUAGAAGGUGGUUUAGAAUGAAGAGGUAGUUUUUAUAAUGUACAUAUUGUAUGAGAUGUUUAAAAUGAUCUUUCCUGGUGAUUUAACUUCUAAUUCUCUUUAAUCCAAUCUUUAGUCACAAGUGUAAAAAUAUAUUUUAUGGACAGAUAGUAAACAUUUUUUUUUUUUAGUAGUACUUGUUUUAACAUCAGCAUUUUUCUCACAUCGGAGUGCUCCAAUUUUCUGGAGGAGGAUCUAGAAAAUGACAAUCAACCAUCUGAGUGAAGUAUGACAUUGGAAUGCCUUUUUUUGUUUGUUUUUUAGCAUUGGAAACAUGGAGUCUUAUGUUUAGGAAUGGAAUGAAUUCAGUGACCAAAUGGCAUUGGUAGAUUUGCAUGGCUCACUCAAGUACCACUGAGAGAAUUAGUUCUGCUUUUAAAUUGUAAAGUGUGCAGAAGCAAAAAGAGGCUCUGCAUCCAUGAAUCAGUUUUAGCAUUCCUACAGGAACACAGCCUUACUGCAUGAAAAUCCUUACAGCCGCACUGAAAAAAAGAGUAAAUAAAUAGAAUAUGCUUUUCCGUUGAGACCACUACAGGGUAUUUCAGCACAUGGGUGUGUUUUUUGUAUGGUUUUUUUCAGCCUAGGGUGUGUACUACUUUGAAACACCUGCAAAAUGUUCACUACAGCAAACUACUUUUUCAGCAUGGGGCUUUGCCCUCAAAACCACAAGCCUCUUGAUUUUGAAAUCUGAGAAUGGAAAAUGCUAUACUGUGAGAAGCAUGGCUGAAUCUAUGGCACACUUGUAUGAGACUGUGUUGGGUAACUUGUAGAAACGUUCCCUCACUUUGUUGUUUUUCCUCAAAGGUUCCUGAAAAUGUAACACUAAGGCAUCAUUUGUAAUAUUUUGUAAUUUUUGCCAAUGUUAACUAAUGAGGUACAUCUAUGAUAUCCUAAUAUCUAUGUGCAUUUUGUACAUUUGGGGGAUGCACUGAUGUGCUUCAUUGCCAUUAUUUUUCAAUGUCUGUUUGCCAAUACUGUAAAGGUGGAAAUGUGGAAUAUUUGAUCUAGCUAAACACGCUCAGAAGCUCUGCUGGAAAAUUGACAUCACCCACUGAAGUUGCAAGACGUUUUGCGAGUGGUAAAAUCUUAAGUGCUCUGUGCACCAUCUGCAGUAUAAAUAUCUUAACUCAUGCAUGAUGUAGGCUGAUUCUUUUGUCAUCGCUAAAACUAAAAGGUCAUACUGCUGUGGUAUGUGCAGAUGCAGAUAUGGUACUGCUACUGUGGUGCAUCCCCAAUAAUGCAUUUCAUCCGAUUUGUUUGCGCUACUGCCAUAAAACCCACUAAUGGAUCUCGCUUCCUUAUCCAGAUGCUUUGACACCACAUUUUAAAGACUGGUUUUCUGUUUGCAUUUUUAAACAAUACUCAUAUUCUCAUCACCUUUGUGUAGUUUUUAUUUUAAAGAACUGGUUUGUUUUAAAUUUUGGAAUAGAUAGAUAUAUGAAUGAGUACCCUUUUGGUAGAUUUUGGAUGGCUUGUGAAUACAAUGAUUUAGACGUGACUGUCUUUAUUACCAAACUCAAGUUUAAACUUCAAUCAGAAGCUCAGAAUCCUGUCUGGACUGUGAUGACUACUACUGACUGGCUUGCUCCAUGUAUGUGUGUAAAAUAUCAGAGUUCACAGAUCCUUUUAUUCUGUUAACUGUAGUUAUAUCCUGUAGACAUGUCACUUUUAAUAGAAAAAUGGAAGUCGACUCAAUGAUUUCGAUUUUGUAUUGUAAAAAAACAUUACAGAUGUUCUGACUUUUGAAAAUACAUUUUUCCUUCAUA